AUGCAGAGACAUAUAGUAACUAGAAUCAACGUUUGUCUGCUGAAUCCUAGCGUUUCUGUGAGACAUUUGUCGCAAGGAUCGCUGGCAAGAUCCAAGAGGUUUUUGCAAACGUCUCAAAACGGCGAUGAGGUGAGUUCAUCGAGUCCAUCGUGGCCAUUUAAUGUGGAACUAAGGGCUACCAAUAAUACAGGGACGAAUUCUGUGACAGGAAGUGCGCCAUCGGGUGGGAAAAAGACAUGGUUUACGUAUUCUUUACCGAAGAACGCUGGCAAAGAGGAGGCCAAGGAAGCCAGCAAAGAUACGGAUACGCAAGAAACACAGCCAGUGGUGGCGAAGAAGCGGGUCAAGAGGAAGCUCAGGCCUCGCAAGGCGCUAAUAUCGCUAACUCCCAAUGCUAUCAGUCAUUUGCGGGGGCUACUACAGCAGCCUGAGCCAAAGCUUAUAAGAAUCGGAGUGAAGAACAGAGGAUGUUCCGGGCUAACGUAUGAUUUGCAGUACAUUACGAAGCCUGGGAAGUUCGAUGAGAUUGUGGAGCAGGAUGGCGUGAAGGUAGUGAUUGAUUCCAAGGCCCUAUUCAGCAUAGUGGGCAGUGAGAUGGACUGGAUCGACGACAAGUUGUCGUCGAAGUUUGUUUUCAAGAACCCAAACUCCAAGGGAACAUGUGGGUGUGGUGAGAGUUUCAUGGUAUGA